AUGCCCUGCGCUCUGCCGCCGCCCGUCCUGCUUCCGGGCCCGUUCAUCCUCGCGACUCCCUACAUGUCGCGCCUUCGCCCGGCUCAGCGGCUUGGGCUCACCCCGCUGCCGUCCUCGCCUGGCUCCUGCCUCUGUUCGCCACGGCCCCGUCUCGACGGCCCCCUCUCCGUGCUCCCGGGAUCCUGCACCUGCUCGCCCAGGCACCCUUCCGACGGGACCCUCUAUGUGCACCUCGGCUCACCCCCGCGUCUCGGCCUGUCCUCUUCCGACCUCAUCCCGUCGCUGGACGCCUCAGUACUUGCCGCGCUGCCGCUUGGACCCUCUGGCCCGCCCGCCUCUCGCGGUAUACGUGCCCCCAAUAAGCGCGCCCGCCGACUUGCCCCCCGUCGCAACGCCGUUCGUCGCCAACCG